GGCGGCUGGCGGCGAGCGUGCCGCGCGCGGGCUGGCGGCGGCGCUGUGACUGUCUCGUCGGGCUGCGUAGCGGGGACCGCCGGCCCGGGAGCCGAGCCGAGCCGCGCUCUAGGCAGCGUUCACCCGCCCCGCUCGCUCCGCAGCUUCCCCGAGCGUCGGGCGGAGAUGGAGCCCCGGCCCGCGGCACCCUCGCCUGGUGCUCUGCGGCCCGCCCGGGAUGGGGACGCGCCGCCGGCUGUCUCCCGGGUGGACCUGCCCGGCACUGCCGUGCCUUCCUCCGGUCGAGAGGAUGCUCCGGCCGGGAGCCAGGCCGGCGGGGUGCGCGGAGAGGGAGCCGCAGCAGGGGGCGAUGGGCUGGGCAGACCUCUGGGGCCCACCCCCAGCCAGAGCCGCUUCCAGGUGGACGUGGUUUCCGAGAACGCCGGGCGGGCCGCGGCGGCGGCGGCGGCUGCAGGGGCAGGGGCGGCGGGCAAGGAGACCCAGGCGGCCGGGAAAGCCAGCAGUGAGAGCGGCGCUGCCAAGGGCAGCGAGGAAGCCAAGGGCCGCUUCCGCGUGAACUUCGUGGACCCGGCUGCCUCGUCGUCCGCGGACGACAGCCUGUCGGAUGCGGCGGGGGUCGGAGGCGACGGGCCCAACGUGAGCUUCCAGAACGGCGGGGACACGGUGCUGAGCGAAGGCAGCAGCCUGCACUCGGGCGGCGGCAGCGGGCACCAUCAGCAGUACUACUAUGACACCCACACCAACACCUACUACCUGCGCACUUUCGGCCACAACACUAUGGACGCAGUGCCCAGGAUCGACCACUAUCGGCACACGGCCGCGCAGCUGGGCGAGAAGCUGCUCCGGCCCAGCCUGGCAGAGCUCCACGAUGAGCUGGAAAAGGAACCUUUCGAGGAUGGCUUUGCAAAUGGAGAAGAAAGUACUCCAACCAGGGAUGCUGUGGUUACAUACACUGCCGAGAGUAAAGGAGUUGUAAAGUUUGGCUGGAUCAAAGGCGUAUUAGUUCGUUGUAUGUUAAACAUUUGGGGUGUGAUGCUCUUUAUUAGAUUGUCCUGGAUUGUGGGUCAAGCUGGAAUAGGUCUCUCUGUCCUCGUAAUAGCGAUGGCCACUGUCGUGACAACUAUCACAGGAUUGUCUACUUCAGCAAUAGCUACCAAUGGGUUCGUAAGAGGAGGAGGAGCAUAUUAUUUAAUCUCUAGAAGUCUAGGGCCAGAAUUUGGUGGUGCGAUUGGCUUGAUCUUUGCCUUUGCCAAUGCAGUGGCAGUUGCUAUGUAUGUUGUUGGAUUUGCAGAAACUGUGGUGGAUCUGCUUAAGGCUCAUUCCCUACUUAUGAUAGAUGACAUCAAUGAUAUCCGAAUUAUUGGAGCCAUUACAGUAGUGAUUCUUCUGGGUAUCUCAGUAGCUGGAAUGGAGUGGGAAGCAAAGGCUCAGAUCGUCCUCCUGGUGAUCCUUCUGCUGGCCAUCGCUGACUUCAUCAUAGGAACGUUUAUCUCACUGGAGAGCAAGAAGCCCAAGGGGUUCUUUGGCUAUAAAUCUGAAAUAUUUGCUGAGAACUUUGGACCGGAUUUCCGGGGGGAAGAAACUUUCUUUUCUGUAUUCGCCAUCUUUUUUCCUGCUGCAACUGGUAUUCUAGCUGGAGCAAAUAUCUCAGGUGAUCUUGCAGACCCUCAGUCAGCCAUACCCAAAGGAACACUCUUAGCCAUUUUAAUUACUACAGUGGUUUACAUAGGAAUUGCAGUGUCUGUAGGUUCUUGUGUUGUUCGGGAUGCAACUGGGAAUGUUAAUGAUACCAUUACAACAGAACUAACAAACUGUACUUCUGCAGCCUGCCAAUUAAACUUUGACUUUUCCUAUUGUGAAAGCAAUACUUGUUACUAUGGGCUAAUGAACAACUUUCAGGUCAUGAGCAUGGUGUCAGGGUUUGCACCCUUAAUCUCGGCAGGUAUCUUUUCAGCCACACUUUCAUCAGCACUAGCCUCUCUUGUGAGUGCUCCCAAAAUAUUUCAGGCACUAUGUAAGGACAAUAUCUAUCCAGCUUUCCAGAUGUUUGCUAAAGGUUAUGGGAAAAAUAAUGAACCUCUUCGUGGUUACAUCUUAACAUUCUUAAUUGCACUUGGAUUCAUCCUAAUUGCUGAAUUGAAUGUUAUUGCUCCAAUUAUCUCUAAUUUCUUCCUUGCAUCGUAUGCAUUAAUCAAUUUUUCAGUAUUCCACGCAUCGCUUGCAAAAUCUCCAGGGUGGCGUCCUGCAUUCAAAUAUUACAACAUGUGGAUAUCCCUCAUUGGAGCAAUUCUUUGUUGCAUAGUGAUGUUUGUCAUUAACUGGUGGGCUGCCUUGCUCACGUAUGUGAUAGUUCUUGGACUCUACAUUUAUGUUACAUAUAAAAAACCAGAUGUGAACUGGGGGUCCUCUACACAAGCCCUGACUUACCUGAGUGCUCUGCAGCAUUCGAUUCGUCUUUCUGGGGUGGAAGACCAUGUGAAGAACUUCAGGCCACAGUGCCUUGUUAUGACGGGUUCUCCAAAUUCACGCCCUGCUUUACUUCAUCUUGUUCAUGACUUCACGAAAAAUGUUGGUUUGAUGAUCUGUGGCCAUGUGCAUAUGGGCCCUCGAAGACAAGCUAUGAAAGAGAUGUCCAUUGAUCAAGCCAAAUAUCAGCGAUGGCUCAUUAAAAACAAAAUGAAGGCUUUCUAUGCUCCGGUUCAUGCCGAUGACUUGAGAGAAGGUGCACAGUAUUUGAUGCAGGCUGCUGGUCUUGGUCGUAUGAAACCAAACACGCUUGUCCUUGGAUUUAAGAAAGACUGGUUACAAGCAGAUAUGAGGGAUGUGGAUAUGUAUAUAAACUUAUUUCAUGAUGCUUUUGACAUACAAUAUGGAGUUGUGGUCAUCCGCCUAAAGGAAGGACUGGACAUAUCACACCUCCAAGGACAAGAAGAAUUAUUAUCUUCACAAGAAAAAUCACCUGGUACCAAGGAUGUGGUGGUAAAUGUGGACUACAGUAAAAAGUCAGAUCAAGAUACUUGCAAAUCAUCUGGUGAUAAAUCCAUUACGCAGAAAGAAUCCAAAGGUCCUAUUGCACCUUUAAAUGUAGCUGACCAAAAGCUUCUUGAAGCUAGUACACAGUUUCAGAAAAAACAAGGGAAGAAUACUAUUGAUGUCUGGUGGCUUUUUGAUGAUGGAGGUUUGACCUUGUUGAUACCCUAUCUUCUGACUACCAAGAAGAAGUGGAAAGAUUGUAAGAUCCGAGUAUUCAUUGGUGGAAAAAUAAACAGAAUAGACCAUGACCGGAGAGCGAUGGCUACUUUACUUAGUAAAUUCCGAAUAGAUUUCUCCGAUAUCAUGGUACUAGGAGAUAUCAACACCAAACCAAACAAAGAAAAUAUUGCCGCUUUUGAUGACAUGAUUGAGCCAUACAGACUUCAUGAGGAUGAUAAAGAACAGGACAUUGCAGAUAAAAUGAAGGAAGAUGAGCCUUGGCGAAUAACAGAUAAUGAGAUUGAGCUUUAUAAGACAAAGACAUACCGGCAGAUCAGGCUUAAUGAAUUGUUAAAGGAGCACUCAAGCACAGCUAAUGUUAUUGUCAUGAGUCUCCCAGUUGCACGGAAAGGUGCUGUGUCCAGUGCUCUGUAUAUGGCUUGGUUAGAAGCUCUAUCUAAGGACCUGCCACCAAUCCUCCUAGUUCGUGGGAAUCAUCAGAGCGUCCUUACCUUCUAUUCUUAAUUAUUCUGCACCAUGGACUGACUGCCCUCCAGGAAUGGUACUUCAGUGCCUAGUGAAAGCGACUGAAAUCGUCAGUAACACUUUAAUAUCACAGUGGCAAACUGGGACUUUGUUUCAGUACUUCAUUUAUUUGAAAGCACAUGGAAAAGUUGCUCCAUUGCUAGAUAUAUGGAGAUUUCAGUUUUAGUCUCCUCCAUAUCUCAAUCUCAGUGACUGGUAGAGUCUUUCUUGUUGGACUAAAGUUCAUGAGAGUAAAGUUGUCCUUUGCUACUUGAAAGCAAUAAGAGUGCGUUAUUUUUUGAUUGAUGAAAGGAGUACAAAAAGCCUUUAGCCUUGAGGUGCCUUCUGAAAUUAACCAAAUUUCAUCCAUAUAUCUAUCAUCUUUUGUAAAUUUAUAGAAUGUUAAACUUUGCCUUCCGAUAUUUUUAUUUCUAAUCCCUGUCACUUUUCAGUGGACACUCCUUUUCAUCUUCCAUUGACCAGUUAGUCUUGAGUACUGUGUGUUUUGUGUUACUUUUGUAAAAGUAUCUGUUAGAUACUAAAGAGGAUUAGGACAAACUAAUAAAAAUAUGUGGGGAAGUAUCCAAAAAAUGGAGCUUAAGGUUAGGUUUAUAUGAGUAUAUGUACAUGUAGAGCUAAGAAAUAGAGGCCCCAAAACACCAUUUUGACUCUCAAUUGAAAUUAUGUAUUAUUUCUGAUAAAUCAUAAAGAAAGGUGAAGAUCUACCCAGUACUUCCUAUAUCUGAAAGAUCACGUGUCCUUUUCCAAGAAAACCCCAGAUCAUUUGUAUUAUUUUUAAAAAGUUCUGUUCUAAAUUAGAAUUCCUCUCAAAUGUGAGGGGCUUUUAAGACAUGCUAACAGGUGUUUUUGGAAGAAAUUUAGACAAAGAAAUGCCCUUUAAUAGAACAUUUCAAUAAACACUAUGGGAAUUUCAUUAUCCUAUGCCAUCCUUUAUUUUAAAAAAAAAAAAAUCAUUAAGUUUUUAUCAAUGGUUAAAUGGACCACUGUUUUCUUAGUGGAAAUGGUUUUAGGCUUAAUUUAUUCAACUAUCAAGUACAUUUAGUCUUAGUACACUCAGGUUUGAACAGAUUAUUCUGAACAUUGAAAGCUAAUCCAUUCUUAAUACUUUAAAACUUUUGUGUUAAAGAAAACUGCCAGUUUGUGCGUUUGACCUUGUCGUCUACGAGUGCACUUGACAGCGUGUAUGUGCUGUCCUGAAAGCUUUAUAUACGGUUUUUAAUGUGAAGUUUCUCAUUUUUCAAGGAAGGACUUCCUAAACACAUUUCAAGGGAUUUGUGUCUACAUGUCUGUAUGUGUGUAUGUUAAGCAUACACAGGUGCAUAUGUGUAUAUGUAAUGAAAUUUCUGUUGCUGGAGUUUCAAAUUUUAAAGUGAUCAUAAUUCAGUAGAUUACCUUUUUUUGUUUUGUUUUAAAAAACAUUCAAGUCAGAUCAAGAGGUUAUGGGUUUCAUGGAGGACAAAGAUAAUUUGAAGAUCAUUGUGUAACUAUAUACAGUUAUCCGGUUAGGUAAAGUGCUGUUGAGUAGAUAGAUGAUCAGUAAGUUUCAGUGGUGGAGAACAGACACUGACUCCCCUCAUCUUGAGGGAAAUGUUAGAAAGGCAUUUUUCAGUGGUGACAUAUUUCUACUGCAUGAACAUGACCUAAAUUAAUGCCAACUGGGUGUCUAGUCAUUUCCAUUCAGAAUAUUAAGAAAAUGAAGUUAAGCGAUUUUUCUUGAAGUUAAGCGAUUUUUCUAAGUUUUUUCCUACAUUUUAAUGCAAUAUUUUUCCAUUUAUUUUAAGUUCUGCAGAGUUUGGAGGCAAUAUAAAAGUGUCAUUCAUUAAAGCAUAUCAUGUGUGAAUUUUUCUGAAUGGAUAAUAGGGCAUGGGCUGAAUGCUGCUAUCUUGAGAUGUACACAGGUAUACUUAGGUUCCACCCCCCCCCCAUUCAGGAAAACUUCAUUGUGAUCUGGUCUACAGAAACUAAAUGUCAUACAUCAUACAUCUGUGUAUAAAGUACAUAAGUGGCUCUCAGUACGCAUAAUAGGGAGGGUAAUAUUGUUUGUGAAAUAAUGUAAGAAGCUUUCCACUUUUAAAAACUACAUUACAUUCACUUAGCACUGGAUACCAGGUCAGACAUUUUCAAGGUUGCAGCAGUACUCUAAAAUGAAAAUUUUCAACAGUUAAUUCUUAGAGAUGCUAGCUAGUAUUGAAGCUAUUUUUAUUUUAUACUGAAUUCUGAUUACUUCGAUGCCAAAUUAUUUCUCAGUCCUAAUAAUUAUGCAGUGGCAAUUUGAACUCAUUGUUAUGAUAGGUAAAAAGCUCAUUGGGUUCAAAGAGAAUAUUAGUGUGGGUUCAAAGAGAAUAUUGGUGUUGGUUAUUAACAGUUACUAAAUCAAAUAUUUAUUUGUUGCAAUGUUUCCUUUGUGCUUUAGGUUUUCCUUUACACCCCUUUCAUAUUGCUUUCUGACAUACUUGUUGGUUUUUUUUUUUUUUAAGACUAUGGAAAUAAUUUAAAGAGUUGAGCUUUGGUGGAUGAUUAUCUGCUAAGUUUGAAAAUGUAAUAUUUUGAUAAUACUGUACUGUACCUGUCACAAUGCUUUUGUAAUGUUUUAACCCUGAGGAUUGCAGUUGCCACUUUGUACAGACGUUACUGCAAUAAAGGAAGUGGAGUCAUUCAA